UGGAGAGCCUGAGGAGACCGAAUAAGCUGGACGCCAUGGGCAAGUCCUCCAAAUCUGUUGUUAAGUGCAAGAAGCACCCAACACACCGGCAGUCGCCGGGCGUUUGCUCGCGUUGUCUGAACGAAAAACUGUCUCAGCUCUCAUCCAGUUCUGGUUCACGAAGAACCUCUUUCCCUGCUGGUUCCGGAUCCUGUUCCUCUUCUCCUUCUUCGUUAUCAUCUUACUAUUCUUCUUCUUCGGCUUCUUCUUGUUCUUCUCCUGUGCAUUUGACCAACAUGGAGGGAAAGAUCAUCAAUUCAUUAUCGUUUCUGUUGAAUGGCAAGAAUGGCGGGCUCACUAAGAGCAGAUCCUUGGUUUUCUUUCCAAGAAUGAACAGGCCCCGUGGGGAUGAUGACGAUGAUAUGAAGAGAGAUCAGAAGAAAGGUGGGUUUUGGUCGAAGUUUCUUCGUGCAUCAAGUAAGAGGCAGACGGAGGAAACUUUGAUGCACUCUAGGACCGUGAGAGAGAUCGUCAUGACUACUGAUGAUUGAUAGGAUAUUCUUUGAAUACAUCCAUGGAGGCCAGCUUCUUGUUUUGUUUGUCAUAUGCAUUGCUUAAUUCUUCUCUCUCUUCUUAAAUGAGAACUGUAUCUAUUAGGUUUUACAGAAACAGAGAAGAAAGAGAGAGAGAGUCUAGAGAGAGAGAGAUCAAUGAAAGGAAGAGAUAUACGUACAAUAAUAUUGCAGUAAGACAAGAAAUAUAUUCAAUUUUUUUAUGUAUACGUAUAUUUGUGCAGUACUAUAUAUUGA